AUGUCUCAACAUGAAAUUGAUGAUAUAGAGCGCGCCAUGCGGCUCUCUCUCUUGGAUCUAUGUGGAAAAGGGCAAAAGGAAAACGAGAAUGAACCUUCUUACGAUGAGGACAGAGACCUUGCUGAAGCUAUUAAGGCAAGCCUUAGAUCUCCAGGAGCCAGCAGCUCUAGUCGUCAGAAGCAAAGGGUUUGUGACGUUUGUGAUGCAACAAUCAAGAGCACUCAUCCACCUGAUCAAAUUCCGGUAUGCUCUGAAAUAUGGAACCAAAAAGUUUGUCUUGCUCAUCUACGAGACGGGACUCCGGAAUGCUGUAGCUGCAGGAGGCUCAAGACAAAAUAUGUAACAUAUAUAAACCUUGGUGAUGGUCGGCUUAUUUGCGAUGAAUGCUAUUCCACGGCAAUCUUUACUACCCAACAAUGUGAACCUCUUGUGGAUAUAUGCCUUGAAUUUUUCAACCAUGGACUGCAAAUUCAAAUUGGCAAGCACGACUUUCAUGUUUCCAUGGUGGAUGAAUUUGAGAUGGCAAGACUUUCUGGGAGAGGAGGAGCUGGUUUGCAAACCCUAAUUGACCACCCUCCUCAUCCAGAUUCCCUCGUUUUUGGGAAAACUAUGAGCUAUGGACCUCCUCUCAUCAGCGUCACAAGCUUUUCAAGGAGAGGGAAUAACAUUAUAACAGCCAAACAGCAGCAUCUUACCUAUGGCAGCCCUUUAAGAAUAGCAAUUGCGUUCGGUUUGCCUAAGGUUAUGACCGGCGCAAUCUUGGCUCAUGAGAUGAUGCAUGCAUGGUUUCGACUAAGAGGUAUUAGAACAGGCCAACUGGAACUAAAAGUGGAAGAAGGAAUGUGCCAAGUGAUAGGUCGAAAAUGGUUGGAGUGGUUGGAGAGUUUGGAGGCCCAGGAUCGCAAGACCUCAUCAGCGAUUACAGAGCAUGCUCAGUUUCAGAGAAACCUAAUUGAAACGUACAAGUAUGUGGUGGAUAUGCAUUCCUCUUACGAGUAUGGCCAUGGAUUUCGAGAGGCUAAAUGGGCAGUUGAAAAAUAUAAACUUCACGGAACAAUCGAUCAUAUUUUAACCUAUAGAAAACUUCCAGGAUAA